GGGCUGUCCGCGGCCCCCGCCACGGGACAGCCGCUGACCAUCCAGCGACUCAACGUGGCGCACCACGUACUGUGCGAGGCCUCCACGGCCGUGGCCAAGCGUUACGGGCUGUGCCUGCUGGUGGACAUGCUGUGCAUCCUGCUGCACCUCGUCAUCACGGCCUACUUCUUCCUGAAGCAGCUCAUGAACUCCCACCUCAUCAACACGACGCAGUACAUCGUGGUGCAGUUCCUGUGGCUCGGCGUGCACCUCAUCCGCCUGCUCAUGAUUGUGCUGCCCUGCUCCAGGGCCAGCGCCGAGGCCAGCCGGACUGGGGCGUUGGUUGGCGUCGUCCUCAGCACGGCGUCGCCCUACACUGUGGCACACAAGCAGCUCGAAUCGUUUUCGAUCCAGCUCCUCCACCACAAGGUCAACUUCAAUGCGUGCGGCUUGUUCGAACUGGGGCUGCCUUUGGUCGUGUCGAUUCUUGGCGCAGUUACAACGUAUCUCGUCGUUCUACUGCAACUGAAAGGCAGCCCAACGAGUCCGGGGGUCGCCAACAACACGGCAGCAGUGCUAGAAACAACUUAAAAAGGGGGAAGGGAGGAUUGGAGCAAAAACUGCUUAUUUUCAGGGGCGAAUUCUGCUCAACUUCAAGGCGCUCGCCUCUCAAAUCAUCGCGAAUUUUCGCGAAAAUUGUGCUGUGAUAUUUAUGCAAGGUGGUGAAAUGGAUCGAUGCGAUGUACCUUGACGAAAAGACUGAUGCGUUUGCUGUUCGCUGAGAAAUAAUGCGUGUACAUACUUCUAGGUUUAAGGGCGUUUGUGUGUGAGUUUACGACACAUAGUAACAACAUGAGCAAAUUAAUUUA